AGAAUCUAAUCCAUGCCAGAGCAAAAGCGCGGAGGGAUAGUGUUGGAAGGAGGAAACGAAGCAGCUGCGAGCACUCAGCAGAGUUAUUAAAGAGAGCGGAGUGAUGAGAUUCAGCAGAGUUAUUAGUUGUUCGGUUCUAGCCUUGUCUCUUCUGCUUCUCUUCUCUGGGUUUUCCGAAUUUGGGUUUUGUUUCGAGAAUCCGAUAAGGAUGGCAACUGAAGGGCUCCCCGGCGGGAUACGCGAGUCGGUGGGGUUUGAGAACAGCGUCGAGAUUGAAAGCCUUGCUCGAUUUGCUGUCGAUGAACACAACAAGAAACAGAAUGCGCUGCUGGAGUUUGCGAGGAUUGUGAAGGCGAAGGAGCAGGUGGUUGCUGGUACUCUGCACCAUCUGACUCUGGAGGUGAUUGAGGCUGGUAAGAAGAAAAUUUAUGAAGCCAAGGUGUGGGUGAAGCCAUGGUUGAACUUCAAGGAGCUGCAGGAAUUCAAACCGGUUGGAGAUGCCCCCACGUUCACUUCGUCGGAUCUCGGUGCCAGGCGAGAUGGCCAUGGACCAGGAUGGAGAGCAGUGCCAGCACAUGAUCCUAUUGUCCAAGAUGCAGCAAAUCAUGCUGUUAAGACUAUCCAGCAGAGGUCAAACUCGCUGGCCCCUUACGAACUGCUGGAGGUCCUUCAUGCAAAGGCAGAGGUAAUUGAAGAAGUGGCGAAGUUCGAUUUGCUUCUCAAAGUCAAGAGGGGAAAUAAGGAAGAAAAAUUUAAGGUUGAAGUACAUAAGAAUGUUGAAGGUAUCUUUCAUUUGAAUAUGAUGGAGCAAGAUCACUCAUGAGUCAUGACUCUGGGGACUACCCUAACAUGUUAGUAUGUGUGGAUUUAUAUAGACAUCUCUUGUUUAGUGCUUUGUGAAACUUUAAUCAGUACUGCCCUACAGAUGAAACGAUGAAACAACUGUGUAUUGCUUGAAUAAUGUUUAUAUCUUACAUAGAUAAGAAAUAUAGCCUAUUAUAGAUGUUGUCUUGGAUGCUUCUUUUUGAA